CAAGGGGGGACGAAAAACAAUACCUCUAUAUAAAACUCUAGGUAUAAAUACGCCACAGGUUAAUUGUUUUUAAUGGUUUUACUGUAUAAGGUUGUGUGGUUUGGUUUUCUGGGAUGGAUUGGGUCAGGUUAGGUGUCAUAUUUGGAUCAAUAUGUAUUAUAAGCGGAGCACCGCAAGGACAAACUCCGGAACCGAUAAAAAUUAUUAGUCAAACCAAUGAAAUUUCCCCAGAGGGUAAUUAUGAAUGGAGUUACGAAGGUGCCAACGGUAUAAAAGCCGAAGAAAAGGGCAACGUAAAGAAAACAAACGACCCAGAAAAUCCAGAAGCAUUGGCAGCUCAAGGCUCGUUUUCUUACACCGACCCGGAAGGAAAUCAAAUUUCUUUGACCUACACGGCUGACGAUGAAGGCGGAUUCCAGCCAGUAGGAAAUCACCUACCGACCUCACCUCCGAUACCUCCAAACAUUUUGAAAGCGCUGGAAUGGAUCGCCUCUCAACCUUCCACCACUGAACGGAAUGGGAGGAGAUAAAACGAGGUUUCAAUGCUCGAAAUCAAAAUUUCAAUCUGAUCGACUCUGUGAUAAGAUUAUUUUAAAAAUGGUACUUUUUUUGCGAAAUAGACAUGGCAUACGAUGAUUGAUUGCUCUUUAAAUAAACGCUUUUUAUACAGUCUGCAAGUUGAA